AUGUUGUUAAAACGAUUCUUUGAACGAGUUCGUAUUCGUUCAUCCGGUGAAACAAAUAAACAAACAUGUUUAUGUACAACGGCUAAGCGUGAUUCAUUGUAUGAUGAUUUACCUGAAUCAUUAACUAAAACUAAUGAACAACAAUCAAUCGAUCAACAUGAAUUUAUACGAUCGGAUAAACCAAGACGAUUAAGUCGUCAAGCAAAUAUAGAUGAAUCAGAUGGUGAAGAUGAUAUAAGUAUAACUGAAAAACUACGUCGUGCAUCAUCAAAUUCACCAGCUAAUAUACCAAUGUUAGUUGUUGUUUCAUUUAAUCCCGAUGUAAAAGGUUUACAAAAAAAACAAAUUGAAAUUCAAAGAGGUUUUCCUGUAAAUGCUCAAUUUAUAUUAAAUGAAUGGUUAUUUGUUAAAACAGCUGAUAAUGAAGAAGGUUUUGUACCAUAUGUGUGUUGUCGACCAAUGUUACGACGACAAUCAAUAAAAUAUUCAAAUGAUAUUGAAAAUUUUUAUAAACCAUAUGAUUUUCAAACAAAAAAAUCAUGUCAAACAAAAUCACCAUCAAUAAAUACAUCAAUAUUAACACCAUCAACAAAUAAAAAGUUUUCAUUAUCAUCAACACUUGGUUCACAAUCAUUUUUAUUCCAAAAUCCAUUAUCAUGUAAAAAACGUCAAGAUGUUACAUCAUCAUCAUGUGGUGGUGAUUCUGGUUUCUCAGAUUGUGAAUCAUCAUCACAUAAUAAUAAUAAUAAUAACAAUAAGAAUAAUCAUAGUUUUGAUAUAUCAACACAACGUUAUGCACGUUUAUCAAAUAUACGUUCAUUACGUUCGUCUUCAAAUACAAUAAAAAAACAUGCUCUUCUUGUACAAGAUCUGCCGAUUAAAAAAUCAAUGAAAAAUAAUCAUAAUACAGCUGUUUUAAAAUCGAAUAGUUCCAAUCGAAUGAAAUAUCAAUUGUCGAUAUCCAGUAACAGUGCAUUUACACAAUUUGUAAAAAAAAGUAUUCACCAAAGUCAACUACAGGAAAAUAAUCAACAUCAACCAUUACAUUCAAAUAUUCGUUUAUUCAAUAAUCAACAAGAAGUAUCAUCAACGUCAUCUUCAAUAAGUAAUUUACGUCGUCCAUAUAAUAGUUAUGAUGAAGCAAGAAAUUUUUCAUCUCCAUCUUCAAAAUGUCCUAGUAUAGGAGGUGUUAGUAGUACUGUUUCAUCACCAUAUAUACGUCGAACACCAUUUUCUCGACGUUCUUUACCACAUCAUAUACCACCUGUUUUAAAAAAAUCGUUAAAACCAAUAUCAUCAUCAUCACCUGAUCCAUUUAAAACAACAACUAAAAGGGAACAACAAUUACGACAUGUUGUUCUUGCUGAACCAUCGUUACCACAAGCUAAUACACCAUUAAAAUCUACAAUUGAAAGACAUUUUUCUGAUUUAAGUCUUAAUCAAAUUGAAAAUGAUUCAUUAGUACCAUCCACAUCUUCAAUAUUAAUUCAAUACCGACCAUCAUUAUCUUGUUCAUCAUCAGGUACAACAAGUUCAUCAUCAUCAUCAUCAACAACAACUGAUGAUAGCGCAACCGCAUUUAUUCAUAUUCAAAUGAAUAAUUCAACGUGCGAUAUAAUGCAUGGAGAUGAUUCUAUACCAGUUGUUAUUUCAACAACGAAUAAUAAUAUAAGUAAUACAACAGCAACAAAAUCAUCUAGUUUUAUUCAUAAUGUUUCAAUUACUGUCUAA